GGCGGAGGAGCAGGCUUGAAUCGGCCGCCCCGGGCUGCAGACGCGGCCGGCGCUGCUCCACAAGCGUUAAUGCCCGCGGCCGCCGCUCAGGGCGGCUUCACCCGGCCCGGCGCGCACUCGGCGGCCGGCGGGAGCAUGGCCGGGAGCUGGCGGGCGAAGGCGCAGGCGGGGGGGAUGCUGCUGGCGCUGCUCGGGUGGGUCUCCUCCUGCGUCACCACCUUCGUGCCGCUCUGGAAGAGCCUCAACCUGGACCUGAACGAGCUGGAGGUGUGGACCAUGGGGCUCUGGCAGGUCUGCAUCGCCCGCGAGGAGGGGGUGGUCGAGUGCCGGGCCCACGGCUCCUUCCUGGCGCUGUCCCCAGAGCUGCGCGUCUCCCGCCUCCUGAUGUGCCUCUCCAACGGGCUGGGGCUGCUGGGGGCCCUCCUGGCCGCGCCGGGGCUGGAGGGAUGGACCCCCUGCGAGGACAAGCCCCGGCUAAAGCGGCGGCUCCUGCUCGCCGGCGGAGCGACGUUCGGCACGGCCGGGAUGGCCACGCUGGCUCCGGUGUCCUGGGUCGCCUACAACACGGUCCUCGACUUCUGGGACAGCACCGUCCCCGACAUCGUGCCCCGCUGGGAGUUCGGGGAGGCCACGUUCCUGGGCUGGUUCGCCGGAGCCUUCCUCGCUGCCGGCGGGCUCCUCCUCGCCUGCAGCGCCCGCACCACGAGGGCCUCGACGCCGCCGGUCCCCGCCUGCCACCAGCAGCCCCCCGCCGCGGGCCAUCACCCCCUCCCCAAGCCCGCAGACCUGGUCAUCUAGGGGCUCCGGCUGGCUCUGGAGGGCAUCGAGCCGGCAGCAAGGCAGGGGCAGAGCAGCAGCAGUGACACCGGAGCAGAGCCACUUGUGGCUGAGGCAGCACUAGCAUCCCUUGCUAGACCCCCGUUGCCAAGUCCGUUGUGGUCAAUUGCUACGCUCCGGAGUAGCAUCUCACUCCGUGCGUGUCUGUAUCACUGUGAUGUACCCACAAUAAAUUAUCACAGUUGCCA